UACGUCUGAUGAUCAUCAUUCGACUUGGGACGAGCAACAUGGAUACAAGCUCUGCUGACCGGCUCUUGUUUCUCCGAGAAAAUGUCCACGACAUCCGACGUUUGGGUUCAGAUUGGGGUUUCAGUGAAGAAACAAUCGAGCGAUGCGCGAGCAAGGCUAUGUGUGCUCCCAUUCCAGGCCAUUACUCUCAAAUCUGUCUCCAAGAUAUUUCCUGGGAGAAUCUGGCAAUAUGGUUCAAACAACUGCAGCGAAAGACGAGCACUAGAACACAAGUUGUUAUCGUCGUCUUGUGUGUGGUGUUUUUCGGCUAUAUGGGUGUCGCCGCGGCGGGGCAGGGUUCAUAUAUUGGCGAGUGUAUGAGAGAUAUCGAAUAUUCCUUCAGUUUUUACACCCGACUCUUGGCCGUGCCGUUUCACCGUUUGAUGAAGAUGGAAGACUUCUACAGCAGCGAAUGUCUCGUGGACAACCCCCUGUACAUUCUUCCGGAACCUGAGUGCGACUCGUGCAAGAACAAUAAGGGUGUCAAAGAACUAAAGGUCAAGAUCAAGACACUGAAGCUCCACCUGCUGUCGUACCCUCUCGUACACAGAGGUCUGCAGGCUCCGGUGCUUCUCGAGGAUGUACAGUCUGCUGUUAGGAAAGAAAAGGAUCAGCUGAUGCACCAUCCGGUCGACUGCACGGCAGGGUGGGCUGCCAAGGCUAGUGAUCUGGCACGGGAUGAUUUGCUGGAGCAGAUCACUGCUGAGAAGAACUUCUCUUGUGUAUGGAACAGCAAGGAGAAGAUGUUUCUGGGCCAGCUGAUGAGACGUAUGUUUCCCCGACCGUCCAUCAUACCACCCGAGACAGAGAUCGCCCUUCAGAAAUACAUCUACAUAGACGGACACGGGGGUCAACAAAGGACUUUGCCGCCCAGUGCCCAGGGAGGGUAUAGCUGGUAUGCCCAGGGCCAAGGAAAGCGGAAGGUGGUGUUCAACUCUCCCGAGGGGUGUGUCGACAUCUGCAACACGUUCCAGAUUACCAUGAAGGAGGGAGAUAUAUUGACUUUCCCAAGUGGGAUUUGGACAGUUAAUGUAGAAGAAAACGGCGAAGAAACCAGUGUCGGAUUUCUCGGACACAUCCUUCCUUGAUAAUCUGUCAGGUCUCCCCAAUCUGUCGUCCAUCCUAACUAUCAAAUUCUCACAACCUUUAUGACCCCCGAUCUCGCGGUCUUCCUGAUCUUUGAACU